AAUUAGCUGUUUUUAAUCUGUGCACUUGAAUGUGUUUUUGAUGCAAAAUUUUGAUUUCCCUUCCCGCCGGCUCUUGACGGUUGCUUUGGCACGUGCAAUUUUUUCCUAGUAUUUGUGAAUUAAAUAUAAAUAGUAAUAACAUCAAAAGUUCAAUACUGAUGCUGACUGUCGGAAAAUAAUAAUUUGAUUGUUUGCAGCGUUUAACAAUGUCGCCUUCACCGAUCCGAUGCCGCGGCCCUUGGAAAAUACACAAGCGCUCAUCGGAGUCAGACCGCUGGCUCGAUGAAAUGGGUUUUUUCCGGAAGCAUAUGGCUCGGGAUGCCAGUUGCCUGUUUAGGGCCGUUUCGGAAAACAUUUACAACACCCAGCGCUAUUUCCACAAGGUUCGAUUGGACUGCGUUAAUUUUAUGGCAUCCAAGGGCGAUCUUUUCGAGAGGUCAUUAAAUUGUCCAUUCGAAAAUUAUCUCAAAGAGAUGUCUAAUCCUUCAGAAUGGGGGGGACUUAUAGAAAUAUCUGCCCUGAGUCAUCUUUAUAGGAGAAACUUUGUAAUAUUUGAAGCGAAUAAGGGGCCACAAACUAACAUCUGUAAUGGCUAUGGAGAUACUAUAUACCUGUUCUAUUCACCUGAAACUAAACACUUUGAUGCAGUUUACAAUAAAAACUUCAUAGUUGCAUCAUCAUUUUGCCAGUCUAUCGUAUAUGAAAUAUUAUACGAUCGUGUAUACCAACUAAAGGAUUUGCCCUAUGCUGUUGACAAAAUGCUUCAUGACAAAGUUCCCUCGAACCACAUUGAAUAUUUCAUGUCGGAGAAUGUGGAACGUCGAAAGAAACAGAAAGAGAGGGCUAAAAUCUUCAUUGAAGCUCCAAAUGAGAAUGACAAAGAUAGAAACAACAAUGCUUUAGCUCUAAAAUGCAAGCAUCACACAGAGGAUAUAGAGAGAGCCAGCCUGUUGAAGGAGCCCAUGAGUAUCUUUGUCUUCAAUCGUAGCUUGAUACAGCUGGAGAAUGUCUGUAUGAACUGUUUGAACAUCAACAGUGCUAAAGAUUUGCUGGAUAGUGGAAUAACGCCAUUCCCAUAUAAAGUUGCUAAAGCUUUGGACCCAGAUAUUUAUCGGAAUAUCGAAUUUGAUGUUUGGAGUGAACUGAGGCGAGAACUGCGUUAUGGCUCAAGGUAUUGUGAUGGUACAACUUUGCAAGUUGGUGUCAAAUGUUAUUGCAAACUUCAACCAGAACAAGAUGUUCAAUACAAAUGCCACAUUCAGGAAAUGCAUCCAAACGGUGGGCCGUGUUUGGUCUUCAUCGAGGAGUUGGGGGAGAAGCGGCUGGUGAACUAUGACCAGUUGGAGCCCCUGCCCAAAGAGCAGAUCAAACCCUGGGCACCACCAUACAGAUAUUCCCGUGCCAACUCACAGAUUUUAAAUUUGAGCCAAAUGUUACAGCAAAUAGGCAAUAUAACACGGAAGCAAGGAUUGAAAGCAAGGAAAGCUAAAGACGAUAUCAAAGCUACAGAUAAUGCUCUGGCCAAGUUGCCUGUGGAAAUGGAUGUAGAGAACCAUUCGGAUAUGGCCUGGACUACGCAGGGAUACAACUACCAUCACCUGGAUUACAUUAACUUCCAACCGAUGCCCGUUGAAAUACAAGUACUGCCCCUAAUGGUGGACUGCAGGCCGGCGGGGGCUCCGCCCCACGAGAUUGCGCAGAUCACCAAUGGUGCGCCGCCCGAAAACCAGCAGAACCAGCCGGCGGCGGGCGGCGGCGGCGACAUGGCGCACGGCGCGCCGGCGGUGCGCGCCUCCACGCCCGCUGCCACCAGCGCCGUCACCACCUACUCCGCCAACUACAACGGCGCCAUGAGCGCGCCGCCGCCGCCGCCCGGCGUGGGCGUGGGCAUGGGCGUGGGCGCGGGCGUGGGCGUGGGCUACGGCUGCGCGCCGUACGCGUGCGGCAACGUGAAGGGCGUGGUGUGGUGCGGGCCGCACGCGCCGCCGCCGCCGCCGCCCGGCGUCAACCCGCACGUGUUCAAGAGCUUGCAGCCCAGCGGCGCUGACCUGCCCAUGAAUGAUAUCGCGACGCUCCGGUACUACUUCAACCUGGGCGUGGAGUGCAUGUGGGCGGCGUACGGCGCGCCGCCGCACGCGCCGCUGCCGCACCCGCUGCCGCACGCGCCGCCGCGCCACUACGUGCCGCGCGACCUCGCACAGGACAUGCAGCAGAUGUCGCUGCACGAGCGCGGCGCGGGCGGGGGGGGCGCGCACGAGCACAAGCACAAGCCGCAGGACAAGCCGCCGCUCGCGCCGCCCAAGGGCCAGGGCCAGCGCCCGCUGCUGGGGCCCAGGUUCAAACGCGGCAACCAAGAUGGCAACCAGAACCAGAACAACCACAACCAAAACAAGGGCCACAACAAUAACACGCCCAAUAAGGGCAUGAACAACAGGCGCAACUCGCACACGGACAUGCGCCCGGCGCACGCGUACGGGGGCGGCGCGGCCAUGGGUGCGGGCGUGGGCGCCGGCAUGGGCGCGGUGGCGGGCGAGGAGUGCGCGCUGGAGGCGCCGCUCAUCAGUUACCCGUACAUCCCCUACCCGCCGCCCAUGUACCCGAUGCCGUACUACCCCAUAGACACCGACCCAGCCAUGAUGGGCAUGAUGGGCGGCAUGGGCUACGUGAGCUACGAGGAGGGCGUGGAGUACGCGCCCGUGCAGCACUUCUACCCGCCCCCCUACCCGCCGCCGCAGCUGCCCGACCACAAGUAACUGCCCUACUACCUACCGCCUACCACCGACGGUUCACUGGGUAUUAUCUACUACUACACAUUUGAUGUUCACUCGGUAUUAUAUACAUUAUUUCUAUUAUUAUUAUCUUUAUUUAAAACAUCGACAUUUUGUAACUUAAGUCCAUUCUUUCUUUGCUGAGACAAAAAUGACAUUUCAUGUGUUUUAUAUGACGUGACUGACCGAUAAAUAACCAAUAAAUAUUUUUAAUGUUUCUGAUAUGAGGGCCUUGUGGCAGUUUGAUACUGUUACUGUCACGUAACGUAAACGCGAAUUUCUAGGGAAUUGAAACAGCGCCAUCUAGUGGCACCACUGCACAACUGUUUCAAGUCCAUAUAAAUUUGCGUUUACGUCAACGUGAUAGUAACAGUAUGAAAAUAUUGAAAACUCCCACUGGGCACUCAGUUUGUAAUAACUAAUAAAUAUCUAUGCGUGAAUAGUAACAAAAAAAAAUUAUUGCAAUAUUAUUAAUAUAAAUUUAUUUGGACUGAUUAAUUGGUCUUCUCCUAGGUCAUUUUGUUAGUCUAAAUAAAAAAAAUAAAAAAAAUUAAUUAAAUUAAAAUAAAGGGCCUGAACAUUCGAGGCAUAUGCCUCCUGCGUGCGUUUUCAAACAUCGUGUUAUAAAAAUGAACCCCUUAAGUAAUUGGCUUUCUAAACCCUAUGUAGUUAUAUGUAGUUAUAUAUAUAUAUGUAUGUAUGUAUGUAUAUUAUGCUAUGACUUAGUGGAUCUAUGUCCGUUUGUGUGCUUUCGAUGAAAAGCCUCCAUGGCGCAGUGGUAUGCUUGGUGGAUUUAUGAGACGGAGCUCCUGGGUUCGAUUCCCGGCUGGGCUGAUAAAGUAAUUAUUCCAGGUCUGGCUGGUGGGAGGCCUCGGUUAGUACCUUACUGCCAAAUGUCUUUGGCGAAACGUUCCGGUACGAUGUUGUGUAGAAACCGCAUGUUGUGUGGAUUUUCAUCAUCCUCCUAACAAGUUAGUUCGCUUCCAUCUUAGAUUGCAUCGUCACUUACCAUCAGGUGAGAUUGUCAAGGCCUAACUUGUAAAGAAUAAAAAAAAGAUCUCUUGGCUAAACCAGUCUAUUUGGAGGUUUUGCGUCCCUCAGUGCUAUGCCCCUCACAUUCGGUUGUAUAGCUUGGCAAGUUUGUAAAUGACCCUCCCAUGAUAUGCGGGCGACAGGGGGGGAAGAACUGCGCGGGUGUGAAGCCGUGCGCGGGAGUUCAGGAGUCGAACGAAUUUGCCAAGCUAUAGCACCGAGUUCCUAUCUGAUGUAGAAUCUAUGCAACAUGUUUCUGAUGAUAUUUCGUACUUUUUUUAUCAAUAAUUUUUUUAAACAAUUUUAAACGGACCUAUUCGAAUCAAUCGUGAAGUCAACACUUCAAUUAAUAAGUUUGUCAAAUUAUUUUUUACGUUUGACAUUUCUAGUUGCCAUUUUAGUCUCACCAAAGAAAAAAUGGAAAAAACAGAGAGUACUGUUUAAAAGCUCGAGUGUCAUUUUAACACUACGCUUAUAGCUUGGCAAGUUCGUUCAUAACACUCCCGAUGGUCCGCGCGGGCAGGGAGGGGGUAGCGAUGCCCCGCUCGCACGACUCCCUAACUGCGCAGUCCUUCCCUCUGUCCCCCGCAUAUCAUGGGAGUGUCAUCAACGAACUGUACAGUUACAAGCUGUAAAGCCCGGCCGCUCAGAAAUUGCGUUUCUAACAGGACGUGAUCGAAUAGGUAAAACAUAUGCAAUUACAAUUUUCCUUGUUUUUGUCUCAUCACAAAGACAAACAGUUGGCAUAACCUUGAAACAGUGCAGUUCAACAAACUUGUACGCCAGUUCGAAGAUACAUUCGCCCAUUCGAUCAUGUCAUGUCACAAUUGAAAUCUCUGAGCGGCUGGACUUUAGUAAAGUGUUCUACUUUAUUUCAUAGCUAUCAAUAUUAAAUAUAUUUUGAUAGUUAUGGGAAUCGCCAGAUUUAUGAUUUUAUAUUGCAUUAAUACAAUUAUUAAUUUUAAUUGCAUUUGUAAACAUAAUAUUAAUGCAUUUGUAAAAUCUUAAAUUAAAUUAAUUAUUCAUUUUAAUUUAAGAUUUAUAAAUGCAUUGUUAAAUAGUUGUUUUUCUCUCUGUGAAUAAUCUGUUUAAGUUGUUCAAAAAUUUAUAGAAAUUUUAACAACAUGAUCGUUUACUUUAUAUUUAAUCAGUUUUUAAGAGUACUUUUAUUUUAGUUUCAAUAAGUGAGUAUGUUGUUAAAAAUUCGUAUUUACAUUUUUGAACAUUACUUAGUCCUAAUAUAAUUUUAAAAAUUAUUUAGGUAUAAAAUUGUGGGUUGAUUUUAUUUUUAGUUUUUUUAUAUGAUUAAUACCGAGUGUCGAAUGUAGUUCUGCAUAAGUUGUGUUAAACACUAUAUUAAUAUAAUAUAUUCUAUUCUAUCCAUAUAUAUAGAAAAUGACUUUACAUACAGUAAUGUCAAUAUAUACAUUUUGAACAACAGUUUUUUUUAUAAACUACGUUUAAUUAAAUUACACAGUGUAUCACACGAAAAUAUCAUUUCUGUUAUCACCGUCCUGAAAUUAUACGCACAAGUAAUCUCCAAAUUCGAGUUUGUGGAACAUAAAAUUAUUGUUCUCUUUAUGUUUAUUGGUCAUCUGUAUGUUUACUAUACUGUAAUAGGUUAGUAUUAUAAAAAAAUAACAGAAAUGUUAAUGUGAAAUUUUAUUAUUUUUUUGUAUUAAAUAUUAGUCUUUGCAGACAUGGCAUGUGAAUUGGAAUGAUCCUUGCUUUACAACAAAGGACUUCUUUUCUCACUAGUGGGAAUAUAAUAAAGCUAAUAUAUAAAAAAAUAUUCAUGGAGUACAUUUAGUACUAAAUCUUGCACAUGUCCAAAAUUUUAAUAAAGACAUUGCAAUAAUAAUAAUAAUGAAAUUUCACAUUUGUUUUAGUAAUGGAAGAACAAAUUAGGUUUCCAUCCCUUAUUUGCAGAUGUGCAACUGAAUAUAAUCAAAAAAGUUUAAAAUUUUAUACAAAAAAUACACAGACUAAAACAAAAAAAAUAGACAUAUUCUCAUAAAAACAUGCACAAAAAAGUGUAGCCAUACUAUAUUUGAUAUGUUUAGUUUAGUUCAAAAUGUUACAGUGCUCAAACUUUAAAUUGAAUGGGACAUGACCAUGUAACCCAUUAAAAAAAAUAUAUCUGCAAUUUUUUUUUAUUUAAUUUAAUUAUUCAUGUCACUAAAUCAAUGUGUGUUUUCAAGUUUGACCCUGUGUAAGGACCCGGUCUUACUUAAGUCUAUUUUUUUUAGUUUGUGUUUUUUUUUCUACAGCUUUAUUUGAAAGUCAUCAAAAGUUUAUCAACAAAAUUUUUGCACUCUUUUCAUACAACAUAUCAGAAUUCAAUACUUUCUAUAAUUUUAACUAUAACGUGAGUGAUAUAAUUAAUUAGUUUACUUUAUUUUUUAUUUUAAAUAAAAAUAUAAGAUACAGCUUUAUUUCAGUUUUAAACUGAAAUGAAAUUUUGAAGACUGACCUGAAUUUAUUAACAGGAAUUGGCGUUUACCAAUGCUGACACUUUAUAAGUCGUAAAGGUGAUCGUCCAUUGCACAGGAGCGUUCCUUUGACACUGAUUGGACAAUAAUUCGAAAGCACAAAACAUAUUUUCGGGUUUGCAUCAUACUAGCAACAUUUCUUUAGUCCCAAGUAUUUAGAAAAUAUAAAUUAAAUAUGAAAAUAUUUAAUGACAUCACAAUACAUAUUAAAGAUAUAUCUUGAAAACUGGUUCUUGUAAUUUAAACUUCUCUUCUUUUAAUUCAGGGAUUUUUUCAAGUUUUUAUGUUCUUAUACUUGUGAGAUUUUUAAAUUAUACUGUUUCUAAAUACAAUUAAAUAUUCAAUUGUAUUACUAUUUGAUUAAAGCAAUCGCUUCCUAUGUAACGGACGUUAACCGUUAACCUUUACAAGACAUCAAAAGAAAGGUAAAAAACUGCCAAAAAGAUGGGGUUCAAUUUUCUUUUACUCAUUAUAAAUUGACCCAAAACGACUUUUGCUCAUCGAAUAAUGGUAUACGAUUUAAAAAUAACAAAAUGGCACUGAGUAGUUGUAAAGGGUAAUUUGUCGUUUUGUAAAUAUCAUAUACUGCACGAAAAUUAUUUAUUUUACUGUAGUAAAAUCACUUUAAUUUUAUGAAAGUUUCGUCUACUUUUAAAUACUCUUUCCCAUAUUAGUUAUGGGUUUAAAACUGACCACAUGAAAAAGAAAAUCUAUAAUCUAAUGAAAUUAUUUAAUUCAUAUUCUACAGAAAAUAGGGUAAAGUGUAAUACGAGUCAGAUUUAAAAAUACUGUGUCCUAAAGUCAAUUACCGUAGUCUUGAAUAAAACAUUGGUUUGAAAUCAUACCACGAGCUUUAGUUGUGGACUUACAAAGUGCUAGAUAGCUAAAGUUCAUAAUUACAUUAAUUAUUAUCUUUGGUGCAGUAUGUCAUAUUGUCAAAAUGAUAAUUGUACAGCGACAAUAGAUAUUAUAUGACUGUUGUCUUGUAAAAUUUUGUGUCUAAUUUGUACUUAAUAGAUGUCAUAUUUAAAUUUAUGUCUAGGAUAUACUCUUAAUGUGUAAGCACGGGCGCCAUCUUUGACGUUUUUUGAAAGCACAGCCCUUCUAUACUUACCGUCAUACUGUUUUCUAUUUGACAAUGUGUAUCUUAUGCUAUACUUCUUACCUGGACCAGUACCCGUAAUAUUUAACAUAGAUAUUUAAAUAUAAAUUAAAUAAUUUAAUACAGUAAACUGUGAAGCAUGGUUGACUGAGAACAUUGGGACCUACAUUUUAUUACAUUAAAGACAUUUUUAACUAUUAAAAAUGCUUGUUUACAGUGUGUUGAGUGUGGUCCGAAAUGUUUACUAGUUCAGAUCAAAAUACCUACAAAAAAAAAAUAUUUUUUUGUAGAUAUUUUGAUCUUGUAAAAGCUGUUGCAGUAAAGUACUUAUAAUUAAAGGGUACAUUUUGGGAAAAAAUAGUCUAAAUAUAAUCCCGGAUAUAACGGUCGAUUUUUUCCCGUAUUUCAAAAAAGUAAAAUUAAAAGUAGUAAUUUUCAGGUUCAAGUUAAGCAGGUUUUAGUAUUAAUGAAAACAAUAUUUGACUCGAUUCUAUGCUUAAUUUUAAUUUAAUUAAUGCUGUCAAAUUGAAAAUCUAAUCUGAGAUUAACUGUCAAAAUAGAAAGUGGUGUGUACGUGGUAUACAUAAAUGUUAACUAUAGGUAUAUAUGUAAAAGUAGUUUGUCAGAGUGGGGUUUUGAUAUGAUAGAGCAGAAGGACAUUUAAAGGGAAUAUCAGCUUCUGAAUCGAAUGAAAUUGAAAGCAAAUUUAUGUUUUGUCAUCAAAUUUAUGUAAUACUUCUUCAUUUAUUUCGUUUAUACUUACAUUUUUGUUUAUUUAAUAUUUUGAUAAUUUUAGUAAAAAAAUAUAUAUUUUUCUCAUAAUACUUUUUUCUGUUACUCGUACACUAAAUAAAGAAAAUAUAUUUAAAGAAUACAUUAUGAAGUUGUGGUUAUUAAAUUUCCAAAAAUGUCAUUCACUCUAUCGUAUUGAAAUCGCUCUGUUCCAUAGUUUUCUCUCUACAUGUCUAUUUAACGAUUUAACUUGAACGUAACUUAUGAUAUUUAUCAUAUUAUAUAAAUAUAGUUAUUAUUUUCUCUAUGCUCCCAUACCCAGCCGUUGUCUUACGAAACUUUGAUGCAAUAGAAACAACUCUUUAGUAAGACAUUUAACUGCAUGAAAAGAAAGUGUACUGUAAUAUAAAUUAUAGUAUCUAUGGCACAGAAUGUUUACAGCAAAUUGCUGCGGGGUGGACAUUUUUAAAUAUUUAUAUACAUUUAAAUGUUUAUCAUUCCUCUACACAGACAUUUAGUAUUUAUUAUGCAACUGACUUAUGCAUAUAUCUUUGUAUUUUUAGAGUGUCACAAAAGGCAGAAACGUUGUGGUUGAUUUACUGAAAAAGACAUUAUUUGAACCGAAUUACGAUUGUAACUGUCAAUGCUUAGUGUAGAACGUGCAACAUACAUAUUGUAAUUCGAGUAUUAUAAACAAUAACCAUGGAUCUCCUAUUAAAAAGUGGAUGCACAAUCAGCGACCAAAAAACGUCCCCCCAAACACAACUUCUUGGCACUCAAUUCAAGUAGUCGCAUUUGCAAAUUCAAUCUUAAAAUCAAUCCUUAGGGUUGAAUUUGCUCUGAAUUUGGGAUUUUAUUGAAUAUUGGGCUAUAUUUAAGGGCCUAAAGGUAUAAUUUUGUUUUACCAAUAAUUCUAAAACUGUCAAAGCAAAAUUGGCCAGUUUUUAAGUGAAACUUUCUACAUGAUUGUGCGUUCUUUUAUUAUAAGAGGUCAAUGACAAUAAGCAAGUGCCAAUGUCAAAGUUUGGCAUCAGUUAUUGUCAUUGACUUCUUUGGCAUGCAAUGUGUUGAGCAGUUGCCACUUCAGUGGCAAUGUUUGGUGGUAAAGGAAUAGUGAUAUUUUGCCAGUAAGAUUUCCGGCACGGCAAAGUUUCGUAAAGCAGAGGCUGUGGGUUGUGACGUCAAGUUUUCAUUUACAAUUAUCCCUAAGUGUUCAAAGGUGCUCCAAAAUUGACGAGGUCGACAGGGUUUUCGAAAUAUUUUUGUAGGAUUUCGGAUUUAGUGUAACACUAGUGGUUAGGCGCUGUUUAUCAUUCCUUAGUAAGGUGACAGAUAGGUAAGGCAACGCUAUAUUGUAAGAACGCGUCGAAAUUUCAAGUAUACCGACUUGUCUUAAGUUUUGUGUGUGAUGUGACACGCGUAAUCUGAACUUUGUUUGGAGUUCAUGUCAAAUUUGAUUUUGUCAAAAAUCUUCGUCAGUAUGUCUUUUUGUUUGUUUUACGACUGAAUGACAUAAUUUUGAUUAUACAGCUGUUGCAAAUAAUAAUAAUAAUUUCAAAAAAAACCUGAAAUUAUUCGCGACUAAUACAAAGUAUUCAGUAAAGUUACAAAAACUGCCGGUUUUGAAUUACGCAAUAGUUGGAUAACCCGCAAAAUGCAAAACCUGGAUAAACUGAAAUAAAAAGCCAACAACUAAACAUAUUAAAAAGUAUCUUUUUUUUUAAUUUGAUUGAAUUUCAUUAAGCUUGUCGUGCCUGCAUACGCAGUAAUGUGCGGUUAUUUUUUCCGACAACAGUUUUGGUUAGGCGUGUCGCAACGCUCCAGUUAAUUUUAACGUUAGCUUAUAGUUUACAGUAAGCGGGGCUCGCUCGCCCCCGUUAUGUUUAAGGCGUACGUACACGGAGCGUUUUGUCUUCACAAAUUUCUUUCAAAGAAAUAAUCAUAUAGAAUUCUCUUACGAAUAGGAUAGACGUCUAAAAGUAAUGAUAAUAGUACUAUUGAGUUUUAAAAUUUUAGGAAACUGUUAUUUACAAAAUGACAUAUUCCAUUGAGAAUUUUAGUUCAAGUAAUAGGUAUGCUUAGAUUUAAUUAUUCGUAAUUUUUGUAAAAUUAGAUUCUUUUUAAUUAAAUUUCUUUUGUUCGGACGAUUGUAUUAUCACUAUGAAUUAGGAUCAAUAUCUUUUUGUUCAUCAAUUCUAGUAAUUGGGAACGGGUUCAGAAGUGGGAUCGUGUCGACAAAUAGCGCCGUGUACGUAUUAGAUUACAUCUCGAACAGAUCUCGUGUGUGAGUUAUCGCUUACAUCCGUCGUUGAAUCUCUGCCAGCAGUGAAAACUUUGUGUCCUACGCUGAUCUCAUCCUUGUGUUUGUUAUAAUUUGGUGCUUGGGUAAUUUUAUAGAGUCGUGUAAGGUUCCCUUAAGGCAUACAAUUCACAGAAUGCGUUGUUUUGUCGCUUGUUACGUAACUACUUACGUUUGUUGAUUUUGAUAUUAAAUGCGCAAAUGAAAUCUGAAAUCGAAUAAAUCGAAAGUUGUCCGAAAUUAGUCGCUUUUUCUGCCGAACUAAUUCUGCUUAUAAUAAAUUAAAGCGAAUUAUCUUAUAAUAGACUUGCAAUUUGCAUUCGUUAGUGACUAUUGUUUUUUUUAAAAAGACUCACCUCAAGGCAUUUUAGUUUUGUUUAUUACGAUUUAUGAAUCCUAAACUGUUAUAAGUAGAUUCCACCACCCAAAUAAUGAUUUUGAUGUCAUUUGUUAAAUAUAGGCUCUUCAGUUUUAGCAGUUUGCCUUAAGGGAAUUGUGUUCGUACAUUUUGAUCUGUAAUCCAUUCAAAAUAAGGAUUGAAGGAAUAUUAGCAUGUCCUUUUUUUGCCUCUUGAACUAGUCUACGCAUUUAUUAAUAGAUACCUUUAGUUCUUUAAUUUUAGACUGUCCAUGGAGAUUACAAAGUUAAUAUUAACUUGAAAAGAUAUAUUACGAAUUCUCAAGGUUUCCCAGCUAUGUAUAAUUCGUAUGUCUCUUGUAGAUAUUAACUUUUACUUUAUUCAUAGGAGUAAAGUGAAAGUUAAUUAAUAUUCACGAGGUGUAAACUAAGAGAUGAAAUAAUGGUCUGUUUUUACAAUUAUUUUGUGGUAAAACAAAACCAUUAAGUUUACUUCAUCACGUUGGAUUUAUUAUGCAGUUGCUCAUGUUAUGUGUAAAUAACAAUAAACAACAUUUUAUCUUAUCAACAGAUAAUUAGCACUUUAGUCAAGUCUUUAUUAUUAUCUGCAAUAUGUAUGCGUUUACAAAAAUUGUAAAAACAGUCACAUUACAGAAAAUAGGCUCCAUAUGGUAUGGACAUAAAAUAUUCGUCAAUUUCCUAUGCUUUGUAAUGUAUCGCUUUUGUGUAAAUUUCUAGUUAUAUGCUUGCAGGUAUUAAACAGUGGAGAUUAUUGAUAAAACUAAGUUAAAAUGCAACUUCGACAUAUUCUUUCAACUAUUAGGUUAACAGGUUGUCUUUUCACAGUUCUUGGAAGCACGAGUCACGGUGUAUCGGUAGGAUGUAUAGAUAGCCUGAGUAAAUAAUAAUGGUGAAUCGCUGCAAGUAAUUUACUGCUCAGCUCAGUAGUUCUGUAAAAAAUAAAAUUCAACGUUUUUUUAAUAUAAUUUCUCAAUUCGCUGUUAUGCAAUAUUUGGCCGUGAAAAGCUAUGGAUACAGGUAGCUGGGGAAGUGCGCGCUUUUUGAUUUAAUCCAUAAGUGCGCACUGAGGUAAUAGAUACAUAGCCUGGAAGUGACGUGCACUAGUCGUGGGUAUUUCAUUCAUCAUUACACGCCCCCCGGCCCGCGCGCAACAUCGGAAGUGUUGGUACUAUUGACCUUCGUUGUCAGAUCCUAGACACCAUAGCGUAUGCGACUGCUGUUAUGUUCACUAAUGUUGUAUUUGAAACUCAGACCAAUUAUAGAAGGACCUGUAUCGCACUCAUAGUCACGAACAAACUUGUCUGUCAUUUUCUGAGGAAAACGAGCUUAGAUUCGGUAUAUAUCUAUAUACUAUUUCUAUAUACUAUAUCUUCGGUAUAUAUCUAUAUAUAUAUAUACUAAACUAGAAGUUUUGCCCGUUUUUUACACAAUUCAAUUACACAAAAAGGUAUUUUUACGGAGCUCUUUAACUGACGAACACGAUUACAACUAUUUAACAUCGAUUCUAUAGAGACAGUUUUUAUUAGAUCGUUGAUCAUAUACUUUGACGGAAAAGUAACUUCAACCGGGGCAGGUCCUUUACAAUAAUUGGUCUGAGAUUUGAAAUGUACUCGUGGGUUGUGAACUUGCCGUAUCAAUUCGUAUUUAUUGGCUCGUGCUUCUCGGCUCCGCGGAAAGCCACCUUCAGCUAUACUGUGUGCUGCAGACGCGAGCGCUGUCUCUCUGUAACAAUCUCACGCUAUGCUAAAUUUCCAGAACAUAUUUUUCGAAUGUUUAUAAACGUUUUUGGCUGUGAUUCGGACGUAAUUGUGCAGGUUUGGAAUUGCGAUUUGGUAGGGCGCCAGGAUGUCGAAUUGGGACUGAACACAAUUUUUAAUACUGUUGGAAAUGUAUUUUUUAAAUAUAUAAUAUGCUUUUAUAUUAUUUUUUCAUACAUAUAGAUUAGAUGGCGAUUUGAGGAGAAUCGAUGGAAGUUAUUAAAGAGGGUAUUAUUGAAAUAAAAAUCAAAAUGUCGUGUGUCAAUUUUCUAAUGCCUUUUAAGUAUUUUACAAGGUUUAUCAAGUGAUUAAUAAUUGUGCUCAGUCUAGGGUUUGGGUAUUUAUAUUUAGAUUUUCAAAAUUAACAAUACAAUAGUUUUCUAUUUACAGCUAAUUAUAUAUUCGUAAUAUUGACCUAUAUUUUGUAGGUGUUUCUUACCAAGGUAUUUUUUGUAUAUUUUUAAUAAUAAAUUGUCUUCUUAAAAAUACUGUAAAUCCGCCCAGUGUUUUCGACCUUUACGUAAUUAUUCCUUUAAUUAUAUAUUAAUAUACAUAUAAAAUAAGUACACUUACGUAUAUAUAAUAUAUUAAAUGUAACUAUUCUAUGUAACGGAAAACUUUAUUGUUUGUACAGUGCGUUGUUAAAAAUAUAUUUAAACGAAAAAAAAAGGAAAAAAAAAAUAAGUGUAGUGUGAUGUUUAAAUGUAAAGUCAUUCGGUGUUUAUUCAGUAUUAGUUUUAAAUCAUUAGGAGUUAGAUUUUUAUGUUAGUCGUUAAUUAAUGUUUACCGAAAAAAAAUAGAUUAGAGUUAUUUUUUUAAGAGUACCGUCAGUUACUAUUUUUUUUUCUUGUCACCGCAACCCGCUGGGUGUUCGAGUUUAUGUGAUUUAGUCCUUAUGACAUUUGAACAUGGUAUAGUCUGUAAUGUAGUUAAUUUGUGCCAACGUUUUUGUUUAAGUGAUGUCGUGUGUUAAGUUAAAAGUCAAAUUUAUUCUCAAAAUUGUCAGAGCCCUGGUACUCGUGCUGUUAAAUCGUAAAUGCGUUACGAUACUUUGUGAGUUUGACGUCACAAAUUCUGUGCCAUUUGGUUUGGUUUGAAAUCCAGUCUCUUGUCUUGAUAAAUUUUUAAAAAUAUAUGUCGGAAUUUCCCAAAGGUUCAACGAAUUUUAUAGUUUGUCUUUUUUAUUUCAUAUCUUUUUUAUAAUUAUUAAUUUAUGUUAUUUCAUAUUCGUUGAGUUUUGGUAUUGUUUUUUUUAUUUUAUUAAUUUGUUUUGUUCUAGGAACAUUUUUCAUGCGUGUAUAGAUUGCCAAAAAUUUCACAGUAUACAAGCUUUACGUUUUUGACAGCAUAGAGAACAGGGCCCAGGUAUUGUACGACAGAGUACUGUUAUUAUUCAUUAAAAAAAAAAACAAAAUUGUUUGUCAUAUCAUAAUAUAUACAAUUCUUGUGUUGUGAAUAUUAAGUAUAGGUGUGCGCCGACAGCGCAGAGCUCAAAGCAAGCGUAAAGUCCGCCUUUUGAGGGUAAUUUGUAUUUUUUUUCCAAAUUCCAUUGAUUAAAGUAAGCUGAUUUUUUUUA